AUGCUGCACGAAGAUAAGCUUUCUUUAACAUGGAAUGAGAGAUUAUCGAUUGCCUUGCAAGCAGCUAAAGGAAUCAACUACUUGCAUCAAUUACAAGAGCCCAUUAUACAUCGAGACAUAAAAUCGUUGAACUUCUUAUUAGAGAGAGCUUAUGAAGGAUAUGCUGUGAAAGUGUGUGACUUUGGUGUAGCUCGAACGCGGGAUGAGACAAUAUGUGAAACCUACGGCAAGCCUAAUCUAGUAAUUACAUUACCAUGGAGUGCACCUGAAAUACUUCGUUUGGAAAGACAUACAGAAAAGAGUGAUAUCUAUAGCUUGGGAAUAACUUACUGGGAAUUAGCUGCACGCAACAGACCUUAUGAGAACCAUGCAAACGAUAAUAUUCGUGCAUCUGUUCUUGCUGGUAACCGUUUGCCGAUGCCAGAAAAUACGCCGGCGAACUUUCGUGUAGUUAUUAAUAAAUGUUGGGCGCAAGAACCACAAGAUCGACCAAGCAGUUCUGAGAUAAUCCAAAUGGUUGAAAAAUGUAUGCAAAUUCAAGGUAAUGUAUUCUCAAUGUUUUGGUGGGAUGUAGGAGGAACUUACCAUGAACCACAGUCACCAGAACUCAAUUCUGUUCGGGUUAUUCCCAGACUAAAAGCGGAACCCUUAAAAUCAUCAUCUCAAGUGAAGUUGAAAACAACAACGAAAUCAGGUAUUCCACAUUGA